GUCUUCACACAGGAUCGUUACACUGGGCAGGUUUUGGAAAAUGCUCUGAAGGGCUCUGUGUUUCUGACUGUGCUGGCUACUGAUUCAGAUGAGGGAGUUAAUGGAGAAAUCUCCUAUCAGUUCAGUCAAGCAGUCAGCCAGACUGACUCAGCAUUUGAGAUUGAUUCCAUAACAGGAGAAAUCAAACUCUCAAAGCCUCUGGACUUUGAGGAAGCACAGACUCAUGAGCUCACAGUGAGGGCAACAGAUGGUGGGGGACUCUCGGCAAUCUGUAAGGUCUUGGUGGAGGUGUUGGAUGUGAAUGACAAUGCACCCGAGCUGGUGGUCAGUUCCUUCAGCAGUCCCCUGGCCGAGAACUCAGCGCCCGGCACGGUGGUUGCCCUCUUUACUGUCAGGGACCGGGAUGCCGGCGCCAACGGCAAGGUGUCGUGUGCCCUCGACGAUCAGCUCUUCUUCUCCCUGCGGCCAGCCUAUAAGAAUUACUACGAGCUGGUGACUGUGAGGGUGCUGGACCGGGAGGACAGGGCUCAGCACAUCGUCACCGUGACAGCAGCAGACGCGGGGUCCCCUCCUCUCACAAGCACCCACACCUUCACCGUGGACAUCUCGGAUGUCAACGACAACGCCCCCGUCUUCAACCAGACAUCCUACACCAUGUACGUGCGCGAGAACAAUGUGCCCUCCGUGCUGGUUGGAGCCGUCAGCGCCGCAGAUGCCGACGUGGGGCUCAAUGCCAAGGUGACCUAUUCCCUGUCAGCAGGGCAAGCGGCGGAGCGGCCUUCGUGCUCGUGCCUGUCUGUGAACUCGGAGAGCGGGCAGGUGUUUGUGCUGAGAGCCCUGGACUACGAGCAGCUGAGGCAGAGCGAGGUGGUGGUGAGCGCCUCUGACGCGGGCUCUCCUCCCCUCCGAGCCAACGUCACCGUGCGCCUCGUGGUGCUGGACGAGAACGACAAUGCCCCGCUGGUGCUGUACCCAGCGCAGGACAGCAGCCCAGGCUCCAGUGAGCUGGUGCCCGUGGGGGCCGAGGCGGGCUACCUCAUCUCCAAAGUGGUGGCCGUCGAUGCCGACUCGGGACAGAACUCGUGGCUCUCGUACCAGCUGCUGAGGGCCACCGACCCCGGGCUCUUUGCCGUGGGGGCCCAAAGCGGCGAGGUGAGGCUGAGGAGGCUGCUCACCGACAGAGACCCCGUCAAGCACAAGCUCGUGGUGCUGGUGCGAGACAACGGGCGGCCGCCGCUCUCAGCCACCGCAGCUCUCAGCGCACUCCUGCUCAAGGACUUCUCCGACCUGCGCCAACCGCACAGCAGCCCGGCCGCCGACCACGACGCCGGCUCCCUCACCACCUAUUUAAUCCUUUCCUUGGUCUUCGUCUCCCUGCUCUUCCUCGGCUCCACAGCAGCCUUCGUGGCUCGCAGGCUGUGCCAGAGAAAGCAGCUGAAGGCUGGCCACGUGCUUUACGGGGCCGACAACCUGCAGAGCGGCCUGGCCGAUGCAGCUGCUGCAGGGACCCUGCCCCGCCCCUACUGCUACGAGAUCAGCCUCACCACGGGCUCGGGCAACAGCGAGUUCAGGUUCCUCAAGCCCUUCGUCCCCAGCCUGCCACCACAGCCCUGUGCCAUGGGCGGGGGCACCGGUGAGGAACAGGUUUUCCCUUGUGUCCCUGUCCCCACAGAGGACGUGACCCCAGAGAAUGCUGGGAUUGUGUCUGCAGAACAGUUCAAUCGUCUUUCCUUUAACUAGCACAGGGUCAGCAGAGCCAGAGGCUUCUGUGCCUCGUGGUCGGAAGGGAUGCAGGCUGCAGCCUGUAGCAAUGGUUCCUCCAUAGUAAAUCUCUAUUUGCAAUUGACAUAACCAAGUUCCUGCAAAUUCUAAGUCAUGAUAAAUGUUGUCUCUCAUUCCAAAAAGUAGUCAACCAAACAAAAAAAGUGAGGUUCUGUCACUCUCAGAAUAAUAGGUUUCACCUCCAAUACAGCCAUUUCCGAGAGUCUUUGAGAAUGGGGUUAGCAGUCCCAGCUGAGCUCCUAUUUCUUUUGCUGUCACACAAGACAGUAGACCUUUUAUUCUUUUUUUUGUACCACCAUGGCACCAUUGGGUAGACCUUGCUGAAAUUCAGAAAAAGCCUUUUCCAUCUCAGGAAAGCAAGGAUGUUUUAAGAAUUCUGUCACAAUAUUGUUUGAGCAUGGGUUUUUUCUUUCCUGGAUUCUGGAUGUCUCUGAGAUGUGUGGGCUUUGUGUGCUUUGUUUUCUUGUCACUAUAUCAGUCACUACAGCCACUAUGAGUCUGUAUAGCCUGCACUUGUGGUACCCAGUGAAUCAAGGAUUGGCUUCCAUUUAGCUGUUGCAAUGCAGGUAAUUCCAGCUCAGCAGGCAAUAAGGGUAUUUUUACCUUUUGAGUACAGCAGUCUCAUCAUCUCCAGGGCAGAGCAGAGCAGGAAAACACAUAACAAAUCUUCCUUUGCCCUAUGAAAGCAUGGUUGGGUGUUCUGUCUCCUUGGGAUCAUCCUAAAAAUACAGAGAUACAGCAGUACAAAUGCAGUUGGGGUAGAUUGUAAGUGUGCAGAUUUAUGAAAACGUGUUCAUUGUCUUUGGGUUAAUUGCAUGAAAACUCCACAUGUCCCUCAAAGAGCAUUUUCUGAAGGUAGAAGCAAGAAGAAAUGGUAAAAAGGACAUUGAGUUUGGUCUCCUCGUGGUUGUCCCUGAAUAAUUCUUGAUUUGAGUGGAAAGCUGUCUCCACAUGAUUCUCCUGGUUUGUAUGAGGCCAUUUGCAUUCUCCUUUUUGUCAUUUCUCCUUCUACUCUCUGAGCUGUGUUUGAGCAUUUUCCUUUCUACUCUACUUAAGAAGGACUGUAAUAACAUGUAUAAUAAUAUAUUGUUUGAAUGACGUCUGUGAUGUAAAAAUUAUUCAGAAAGCCUCACACUGUGUGGUGCUGAAGUUAUAAACUUCUAUAACAUUUUAAACUUGGGUACCCCGAGUGUAAAACUGAAAUAAAGAGAACACCCUUUUGUUGAGA